AUGAACCUGCAAUCCGAUGCCUCGUUGGAGGACGCCAGGGAUAACGUCGCUAGAGUCACACCCGAGCACAACGAGAUGGAAGACGCAGAUGCUGAGAGAGAGCAAGAUAUCGGUCUUAACCUGACUACCCAGGACCUGGUAAAAGUCCAGUCAGAUUACAACAGAAAGUUAAGAGUCGUCAACCAGAGGCUCAAAGAAAAGAGGAAGGAAGACGAGAACGAGGCGAAGACGAAGAUCCAACACCCAGAAGGAACAGCGCCACAGGACCUGACCCGAGGAAAAGCAGCGAGUGAGGACGAAACUGGACUGGAAGAGAACGUGACAUCCCGCAGCUGCACCUCGACCAGCCCGGGCGUUUCGACAGCAGCCACGUCCCCGACUGAAACCAUGAAGAUAGCGAGUGCACCGUCCCGUCGAGAUCCGGUGCUGCCCCAUGUAGCAACUUUUCAGAUCGAAACUGCCGAGGAAUUCAACGACCUCGAAAUCUGGGGAUGGGAAAAAAUGCGGCCGAAAAUCUACCAAUUUGGAGAGCCCUAUACGAAAGUACGCGGUAUUAAUUUCAAGGAUAAUACCAACGGCGGCACUACACAGGGUACAAGAGAUCUCCUACUGUUCAUGGAGGACGCAGACUCGCUCGACAUGCUGAGGACGCAAAGGUACUCCACUCAAUUUUGCAACAUUAUCGAAAUAUCGCCGGGAAGUCGACAAUCGUUCAAAUUCUACUGGGUGGAGCUCGAUCACACGAUGAAGAGCCCGAGGAGAGACGAGCUUAAAAACAAACUUCCCUCAUGGCGCAAACUCACCGGAUUGGAUUACAAAGACAUCGAGCCAGACGACCAUAACACGGAGUCCGAUCGUUGCAGAGCGCCGAAAUCAGUGGCACAUCGCAAAAAGUGCAGAGAGAUCAGGAAUAUAUGGCCGUCGUGGGCUGAGGGGGCCGACAUACCCGAGAAUCCCAAAUUCGAACCAUUGAAGGCCCAGUCGACCAUAACCCCUCCGAACAGCCAGCCAAAACCUAGGGGUAGACCACCUGGAUCUUCAAAAAAGACACAGGCUCUCGAAGAAAAGAACGGGUCGCAGGACGUUUUGGAAUCACGAUUGGGCAAAGACAAGGACCACCCCAUGACGGUCGAAGAAGAAGAGAGUAACACGCAGCAGACAUCUCAAAUUACUUCAAACCAGGACGCCGCGAGGGAGUUGGACUUCCCAAAGCAGGGAAGUAGGAGAGUGAAAGCUCGAGCGGUAGCUGAGAAACGUGGAAGCGGAUCGAAGAGGAAGGCCCCUGCGCAUGCCGAUACCGACGAUGAAGACGAACGACAACACGGCCAUGGAAAGCGUGUGUGUGAAGAGGACUGGGGCCCUUUGUCUCAAAGAACCCGUUCUCAAAACAACGCCACUGCUGCUCGGCGAUCAUCGGCACUUGAGGAUAGCAUGGCCAGAUCAGGUUUUGUUUGUUCAGAAGACAGUUCUACUGAUGCUUCGACCGGAUCCACCGAGAACUCUUCCCAGACUUCGCUCGCCAGCAGUACCACGCAGCUCGCCAGCAGUACCACGCAGCUCGAACUGAUGCGUAAAGCCAUGUCGCCGCAGAUCGUGAUGGUUGCCGAGAAUGAGUUGGAACAGGGUGAGGCGCAAGAUACUGAGGACUGGAUGGAAGAAGUCUUCACCUCCAACGAUGAUGAGUCCGAUUACAUGGCCGACAUGCAUUGA